AUGGAGAAGCAGCUCCUGGUCCGGCUCGAGCAAGCAUGGAGCUCGUCGGACGUCGGCGCGUUCUUGGACGCGCCCAAGCUCACGGAGAUCAUGCCUCACUUCAGCCUCAUGGAGCCAAGCGCGAAGGUCCGCCUCCUCAUGGCACUCCAGGUCGCCCAGCAGGAGCUCAUGCGCCAGCACCUGUCGCGCGAGCGCCACUUGAACCCGCAGGCAUCGUCGGGCGGCGUCGUGACCUCUGCCGGCCUGCCAAUGCACCUUCUGAAGCAGAUCUUGGCUCUUGCCGACUCGGACGCGGACGAAUGGGUCAAAAUUGGCUCCGGGCUCGUGCGCAAAAUGCUCUUUCCGGCAGUGGGCACCGAGAGCGACUUCUUCAACGACUACAUGGCGUCGACGCUCAAGCAGGUGCUCGGCAAGGUUGACGCGUACCGCGGCGCCGACCUCGCGAUCGACGACUGGUUCUCCCACGACCUCGCGUACUUGAACGCCGACCACCCCAAGGUCGCGAAGGGCUUCAAGACGUCGAACGAUCACUUUACUGUCGUCGAAGAAAGCAAAAAGACUGCCGAAGACAAGCCCGCAGUGUCAUCGCAGGCGUCACGCCAGGUGAUGGCCAACCGGCGACCAGUGUCCGUCGCGACGGGGCCAGGCGCGCCAGCACCCAAGGCGCCCAAGCCCUCCGUCACGCCAACGUCCGCGAUCAACGCGGGGCUUUCAAAGCGGUCGCUGACAGACAUGGGCUCAGAGAUCCGUCGUCAAGCCGAGUCGGGCCGCUUCAAACGGCAGCGCAACCGCAUCUCAAUGAUCGACAUUGACGAGGUCAAGCAGAUCGAGUCCGAGAAGGCGCAGAAAGCCGAAGAACGGAAGCAGCAAGCGCGACGGGCCAACAAAGCAGCGUCAGCCUCGGCGACCGAUGCCAACGCAUCCGAAGCCGCGGGCGGUGAAGGCGGUGGCGACGGCGAGGCCAUUGGCGACGGCGACGACGCCGCUAACGAGCAGCUCGCAGAGACAGAGGUGCCAGAUGUGGCGACCUACGAAGCCAGCAACAGCCUCUCGGAGGUUGCCGAGGUCAUGCAGAACUACCAAGACUACAACCAGCUCAUGCAGUACGACAUGUCGGGGAACGAGUCGUUUGUCGUGCAAGAAGGUCUGCACCACUACGAUCAGAACAGCAGCCAAGCCGGCAUGUACCAGCGGCAACAACAAGUGCAGCAGCAAGGGCAACAAGCUCCGCCUUUCCCAGAGCCCAUCUCGUAUGGCCAGUACAUGGACCCGGCGCAGCCAGGCUACAACAAUGGCGCCAUGUCCAACUACGAAGAGGCUCGUGCGGCGCUGCUCCAAAUGCAGCAAAGCGGCAACCCAAACAACGCCAACAGCAGCGACUCGUACCAGUACAACGGCGGCUUUAUCGACUCGGCCAACUACUGGCGCUAA